UCCGACUCGCUUCCUACCGCCGGAGGCAGCCGUCGCGGGCGCAGCCGGAGCGAGAGAGCCCGCGGCGCCGUGAUUGGCCGGCGACGGAUCCGCCGCCGCCUCCUCAUUCCUUUCGUCGCCGGAUCCAUUGUCGGGGUCGUCAUCCCUGCCUCCUGCCUCCUUCCGUCGCCGGAUCCAUCGUCAGGGUCGUCAUCCCUGCCUCCUGCCUCCCUCCGUCGCCGGAUCCAUCGUCGGGGUCGUCAUCCCUGCCUCCUGCCACCCUCCGUCGCCGGGUCCAUCAUCGGAGCCGUCAUCCCCGCCUCCUGCCUCCCUCCGUCGUCGGGUCUCCUUCUCCGGGGCAGUUAUCCCCGCAAGGUGCUUCCUCUACGAACCUCUUCGCUAGACGUCCACCACAAGCAGGUGCUGCGUCAAUGGUGCCGCCUCGCAAGAACAUGCCAGUAAGACGCACACGAGAGGUAGAAGAAGAAGACAGUACACUGGAGAAGCAUGCAAGGCGGCGCACGCAGCAAGCAUUUCAUGAGCAAAACAGAUAUGGGGCACCACCUGGUUGGGUAACACCAGAAAUACCGCCUGGAUAUUUCAACAGUACAUGCAGAUUUGAAGAUACACCGCAAUCAUUAGAAGCACGGACAGGUCCUUCUAUACAGCAAACAACAAUGUCUGGGAAUGCAAGCUUUGCCGCUACUGGGUUGCAACUAGGCCAACAAUAUCACCAACAACAAAUGUUUUCCUUCCCCAGCGCAUAAGAAGGCUUCCACCAGUCGCUCUGUCAACAUCAAUCAUCCGUGCUGCAAAAGCAGUUGUGACGGGAAGACCAGGGCAAAAGACAGAAAUUUUGGCCACUCUAGCAGGUUCAAAAGUACAAGAUAUGAGCCAUAUAGACAGGAGCAACAUCAUAAUGAAUCUGAGGAGAGACGUCCGUACAACGAGAGACGGAGAUCUUCGUCAUUGUUGCUCCCUCCAAGAGAUGCAUUGCUACAUGUGCCAAGGGUGACACCACCGGCGCCCAUAAACCAGGGAGAACAACAAACACCAGAGGCAGCCCAGAGCUAUACACAUCCACCUGACAUUGAAGCUUAUGUUCUGCCAAGGCUAGAGAUGAGGUUUGAAACUUUCGAAGAAACUAAGAACUUCUACAACGUAUAUGCAAAGCACGCUGGUUUUGCUGUCAGGGAAGGCCCCAAGUUUAAGACCAGAGCCUACCUUUAUUGCACGUGCCAUGGAGUUUAUGAAUCAAAGGUGUCUGAAACAAAUAGACAGCGGAACAAAACGACAGCCAGGACUGACUACAGGGCUAAAAUGAGGCUGAAGAUUGAAAAGGAUGGAACACUUGUCGUAAAAGAGAUAGUCUGGGAACACAACCACAGGCUACAGCUCACUCCACAAAUGCUUGUCUUCUUGCACUCCCACAAAAAUUUUGACAAAACAAUCUUGGAGUACGUCAAGUACCUGCAGUUCAAAGGCAUUGAACACGCGCAAAUCAUGAGCAUUCUGGGCGGUGAUGACCCUGGUAGCUACUUCCUCGAAAUGAAUGCCAAAGACCUGAUUAACAUGAAAGCAAAGAAUUCAAGGAUUGAUGAUGUGGAUGAUGUCCUAAAGACUGUCAACUUCUUUAGGGAGAUGAAAGCUAUAAACAGGGAAUUCUUCUGUGACAUGCAACUCGAUGAGUCCGACAGAGUUAAGAACAUAUUCUGGGCGAACGCAAGCUGCCGAGGCGCAUAUCAGGACUUCGGUGACUGCGUAACAUUUGACACCACGUACAAGACCAACAAGUACCAUAUGCCACUUGGGGUGUUUGUCGGUACUAACAACCACUUACAGACUACAUUCUUUGGUUUCGCCCUGAUAAGAGAUGAGGAUGCAGAAUCAUUCAGAUGGUUGUUCAAGACGUUUUUAAGGUGCAUGAGAGGGAAGGCUCCUACAUGCAUCCUCACAGACCAGUGCCAGGCAAUGGCUUUGGCGAUCGCAGAUGUUUUCAAGAACACAAUACAUAAGCUAUACCGCUGGCACAUUACGAAGAAGUACAGGGAACACCUCGCGUACCUAUAUUUCCUGCACGAGGACCUUAAGGAUGAAUUCACAUCAAUUCUCAACUGGCCCCUCAUGCCAACUGAGUUUGAGGAUGCCUGGAAAAGACUCAUGGAUAAGUACAACCUCCAUGAUGAUGCCACAAUGGUGGGCAUGUGGAACGAGCAUGAGAAAUGGAUAUCAGCCUACUUCAAAGAAAUUUUCUGCGCCAAAAUGACAUCCACACAGCGAAGUGAGAGCAUGAACUAUGUGCUCAAGAAGAACUACGUAAAUGAGAGACAUAACCUACACCGAUUUGUCAGCCAGAUAAACUCCUGCGUCAAAAGCAGGAGGCAGACAGAGAACCAGGAGACAAUGGGUAACCGGACGGAACAAAACACGCUGACCUUCUAUGGGUUUGACACCCAGAUGGCAAAGCUGUACACGCGAGUUGUGUACAGCGAGAUCAGAGAUAGGCUAAAACUGAGCACUCUCUUCACGGCGAUAGAGACGGAAGAGCCCACAAAGUACCUAGUGCGCUACAACCACCCGCAAAAACUGUCUGUGUAGGCUCAGCACGCGUUCCAGGUGGUUGCAGACCCCGUGGGAGAAACAUAUGAGUGCGAGUGCAGGCUAUGGGACCACACAGGUCUUUUCUGCGUGCAUGUCCUGUGCAUGAUGCAGACAAUUAAGGCUCAAAGCGUUCCAGAGAAAUACAUACUCAAGAGAUACACCAAACGACCGAAUAUCCAGCCAACAUUUGACAGAAAUGACUUGAGGACAGUAGCGUCAAACAAGGCAUCCCAAUACUGCAUUGAAAUCUCACUGCUGACGCUGAACAUGAGGGUGCACAGAAAAAGCUUGAGAAGCCAAGAGCAAAUGGCAAGGACGCGGGUCGUCAUGGACAAACUUGAACAAGAACUCGACGCCAUGCAUUCUGCUGACAAUGGGGGUGUCGCGGACAAUGAAGCCAUUGAGCAGGAUAUUGCUACAAUGUUGUCCGAGAUGAACCAUAUGGGAGCUAUUGACCCGUUUGAGAACGAGGAAGAGGAGCAGCAGCAACCGGAGCUUGCCCGUGUGGACACUCAAGAGCAACGACAAACUCACAUGCAAGAUCAUGAGCUUGAUGGUGCUGUAGGCGAACGACAUGACAAUAGCACAUCCUACAAGCAGCAUCAGGAAAGGGUGAUUAAACCCCCAAUAUUCUCAAACACAAAGGGGAGGAAGAGCAAGACGCAAGCAACAGCCAAAAAGCCACCACGCCCCAUCAAGCGCGUGGAAUUUGGCCCGGACGGCAAACCCCUCGGGGUAAGGGCAUGCGGAUUCUGCAAUGUCGUGAGCAACCAUAACUACCGCACAUGCCCACUCCGCACAGAUGCCACUGUCAACAAGAACAAGCAGAUUGGAGCCACCCAGCUUUCUACCAAUGGAGACAACACACGUAACAGCUACACUUGCCGCAAGUGUGGCGGAACUGACGGACAUAAUGCCCGCACGUGCAAAGUGGGCAAGGAGGUCAGUGGAGCUGAACAUAAACAGGGCAAGGUACAGAGUUCCAAGCAAUCAAAUGAAGACGAUGAAGAAGAAGAGUUUGAUGAGAAUGACGGCCAAUCAGACGAAGACAAUGAACAUGACAGUGUCGGGGGCGAGGAAACUGAAACUGACGAUGAAGCUGCCAAGGCUCAACCUGGAAAGAGCGUCGGCAAGGCACAACAUUCGGGGACAGUUAGGAGAAGCUCAAGACUGAACAAUACAUAGUGGUUAUCCUGCUGCGUCAACUAAAAAAUAACCGUGUAGUCUCAAUUGAAUCAGCACACAAUGAGGAAGCAUUUCACAAAAA